GUCACAAGGCAGACGCACAAACGACAUAAGGCUCGCUGUGAUGGCUGCUCCUCCCGAUUCGGAGAGUUUGGAGUCCCGCAUCAAUAGAGCAACCAACCCACUGAAUAGGGAAACCGACUGGAGCAGCAUCAAUGCGUUCUGUGAACAGCUCAACAAUGAUUUGGAGGGACCUCAGCUGGCCACCAGGCUGUUGGCCCACAAGAUCCAAUCUCCGCAAGAGUGGGAGGCCAUGCAGGCUCUCGUGGUACUGGAGUCGUGUAUGAAAAACUGCGGGAAACGGUUUCAUAAUGAAGUGGGCAAGUUCCGCUUUCUUAAUGAGCUCAUCAAAGUGGUUUCGCCAAAGUACCUGGGUUCACGCUCACCAGAGCCAGUGAAGAAGAAGGUCUUGGAGUUGAUCUACAGCUGGACGUUGGGCUUGCCCGAUGAGGUCAAAAUCGUAGACGCCUAUCAGAUGCUAAAGAAACAAGGUAUUAUUAAACAAGAUCCAGAACUGCCCCCCGAUAAACUACCCCAUCUUCCCCCACCCAGACCUAAAAAUGCCAUUUUUGAAGAUGAAGAAAAGUCUAAAAUGUUGUCUCGCCUGCUGAACAGCUCGCAUCCCGAAGACCUGAAGGCCGCCAACAAACUCAUCAAGGAAAUGGUCCAAGAGGAUCAGAAGCGAGCAGAGAAGGUGACCAAGCGGGUGGGUGCCAUCCAGGAGGUGAAGGAGAGCAUCGCUUUGCUGACUCAGCUCCUGCAGGACUACGACGCCAACACCACAAAUCAGAACAACACUGAGCUCAUACAGGACCUUUACCAGCGCUGCGAAAAAAUGAGACCCACACUGUUCAGAUUGGCAAGUGAUACGGAGGAUAACGAUGAGGCUUUAGCGGAGAUCCUGCAGGCCAAUGACAGCUUGACCCAUGUCAUCAAUUUGUACAAGCAGCGGGUGAAAGGGGAGAUUGUGAACAGCAACAAUGCAUUAAAUGCACAAAAACAGACAGGAGUGGGGACAGCACUGCUGGAUCUGUCUGGGUUGGACACGUCGCCCCAGUCGCCCCCCUCCUUCCCAGAACUCCCGACUCCAACCGACAGCCUCAACGCAACCUCGCAGGAAACUGGCCUCUCCCUACUUGAUGAUGAGCUCAUGUCACUCGGUUUAAGUGAAGGAACACACACUUCCAACCCUCCCUCCCAGCCAGAGGACUCCACAGCCUGGGACUCCUUCCAGUCAUCCGACAGUAUCGAUGCAGACACCCCGGCAGCACCCACUCUGCUCCUGAGUCCGGAACCUUCUUCCCACUCGCACCCCGUCUCUCCUGCAUCCGCUCCCAAAGGCUCAGUCCUGGACGAGCUCGACUUAUUAGGAAAGACGCUGCUGCAGCAAUCCCUCCCUCCCGAGGGCCUGCAGGUCAAAUGGGACAAACAGCAGGUCAAACCAACUUUGAGAGAUCUACAGAGCAAGUCGGGGUCUAAUCUUACCCCCAACUCCAUCCCGGUCUUCAGCUCAGACCGCCCCGCAUUCCCCCUCGCCUCUGAGGUCACCAGCGUUGAGAAUCCAUCUGCUGAGGUCUCCCUUGCUGAUGUCUUUGUGCCUCUAGAAUCCAUUAAACCCAGUAGCCUGCUGCCUGUGACCGUCUUCGAUGGACACAGCCUGCGGGUUCUCCUCCACUUUGCCCGUGAUUCGCCGCCGUCUCGCCCCGACGUGCAGGUGGUGAUCAUCUCCAUGCUGUCCUCGGCUCCCCUGCCCGUCACAAACAUCAAUUUGCACAUCUCUGCUCGUAAGCCAAUGGCAGUGAAAUUGCAGCCGCCAUCUGGAACGGAUCUGCCAGCGUUCAAUCCCAUCCUUCCCACUGCUGCUGUCACACAGAUCAUGCUCCUGGCGAACCCAGACAAAGAGAAAGUUCAACUGCGGUACAAGCUGAGUUUCACUUUGGGCGAGCAGGUGCACAACGAGAGUGGCAGUCUUGAAAACUGGCCUGCCCCGGACACGUGGGGGAAUCUAUAGCGGCGAAAUCCAACCCGACAGACUCUUGUCCACCAAACACGACUCUGCAUUAACACUCCAUACUUGCUCUGAUUGUUUUCAUUUUUUGUUUUGUUCUUCUUUUUUUUUUUCCAAGCUUUGACUCCUGCUCUUGCUGCGUGUUUGUGCUUUGCUUUGCUUUAAUUGACUGCUUCUAAACCCCGCCUGUAUUUUAUUUCCCCAUUAUUUUGAAGACUGUGCUACCAACGAAGAGUUGUCAUUCACUACUGCAUGUGCAUAUCUGCUUCAGGUCGUCGGCCUUGAGCAGAACAUUUGACUUUGUAGAUUUUGACCUUCACCUCUGCAUGCUCUGCCAUCACGACGUGUCAAGACAGAAAGGACUUAAUCAUUACCUCUUCAUAGUUUGUCAAACCAAAAACUGCUGAAUCUUUUUUUUUUUUUUUUUGGGUCUCGUCAAUCGGGACUUUCCUUUUUUGUCAUGAAGAAAAAGUACUGUGACAUUGUGUGUUUUCUGCCAUAUGUGCCUCUUUCUCAGUUCAGUUUGACUUUUAGCACAUUUGUUCUGUAAUACAUUAGUUAAUUCAACAAGUGCAGUGAAUCAUUAUUAUAUUUUAAUGUACAUUCAUGAGGGGGGGUUUUUUCCCCUUUUUUUCCCCAAUCAUGACAAACCAUGGCUCUUGAUAUAUCACCAUUACAUGAGUAAAGUAACUUUGAAAAUG